AUGUCCUGCUAUUCGCGCCCGGCCUCGUCUACGCAGAUCCGCAGGCAGUCUGGCUACAACCCUCGUCAAAAUGGCAUGCUCGGCAUUGAUGGCAACUGGUCCACGUUCGACUUCUUAAUAGGAACACCAGGCCAGUCGGUUUCCCUCACAGUCAGCACCGGCCUGUCCGAGAUAUGGGUGGUUCAAAAUGGCGGUUGCUCUUCCAGAGCAUGGCAACUAGGCCUCACGGAUUUGGGCUACGGCGGCAAUGGCGACUAUGGGCUUGAGACUGUUCUGGUUUCUAACACUUUGGAGCGCUCCGUCACCACGGUAAAUAGUGCUCUCAUCGCUGCCAUCAAUACGACAGACUUCUACCAGGGAAUGGUUGGUGUUGGCGCGACUCAAGGUCGCUUCAAUGGCAAGGUCGCAAACCCCCUGAUAUCACAACUCGCCGAGUCAUAUAACACCAUACCAGGCCACAGCUAUGGUUUCACAGCUGGCGCCUCUUAUGCCAAUAUCCCCGCCUCGUUGACGCUGGGCGGAUAUGACUCCCUUCGUUUCACACCUCACGAUGUCACGUUCAACCUGAAUGCCAAAGCUACCAUUCCGCAGGUCCUCCUACGUGGAGUGACUGUUUCCGCCAAAUCCUUUGACCAGAGACCAUCUAAUUGGAACUCAACCUCAAUGUCUCUGAUGACUUUGAACACCACUAAUACUGCCGCAAACUUAGCUGUGAUUGACACAUCAACCCCCUUCAUGUGGUUACCGACUGCAGUUUGUGAUGCAUUUGCCGCUGCCUUGAACCUCACCUGGAGCGACACUUACGGCGUGUACCUCUUCUCUGACUCGGCGCAAUACACGAGCUUUUUGCAGGACCAGAUGCUCUCUUUUACGUUCAGCUUCUCCAGCUUCGACAACACGGAUAACUUUGGGCAACCAUUAAACGUCCCUGGAGUCUUGAACAUCACAAUCACAUCUGCUGCGUUUGCUCAAUUAUUGCGAUAUCCUUUUGAGAAUCAGUUCAACUUUGGAGAUCCCGCUGUUCCCUACUUCCCGUUGAAACGGGCGGCAGAUAACGGCCAACUCGUUAUUGGGAGGGCCUUCAUGCAAGAAGCUUAUAUGAUCACCGACUAUGAUCGGCAAACAUUCUCGAUUCACCAAGCCCUUUUCCCUGACAAUGCAAAUAAGAACUAUUCCAUUGUCGAUAUUGACAGGAGCGACGACAGUCCCUACCCCGGAGGAUCGGGCUCUGACCAUAACACCAUGGGACUUACAGCUGGCCAAACAGCUGGCGUUGUCAUCGCUAGAUCUCCCAUCACCUAUGACGGUCGCGCCACCUAUGCCAUCACCACCAUUCCCAACAACUCUAUCUAA